AUGAGCAAACGUCCACCUUCUUCCAACCAACCUAGAUUUCAUAUUGCGAGCUCGUUACUUUGCGAUGAUAUUCUACAACGACUCGGCCCAUCUCUUAAAAAACAGUCCUCAUGCGAUAUCAUCGACGUCUUCCCCGGCGCUGGACUUCUCUCGGCUAAACUACAUGACUAUCUAAAACCUCGACGUCACCUUCUCAUCGAACCCAACAUUCAUUACUACCAGUCAUUUCUAAAACCGUUGACCGAAGAUCCGAAUUCGCGUUAUAAACAUUUACCCUGGGACCCGUUCGACCUUAAAACCUACGAUGAUCUUUUCCUGCAAGAACAUCUGCCAGAACAAACAAAAAGGCCACCAGUUUGGUCUCAAGACAGUGUAUGUGCUACCAACGACAGCCUACUAGUGCUGGCUAAUAUGACUGUCAAACCGCAAAAUGGGCAAAGGUACACUCUCCUAUUGCGAUACCUUGAGGCGUGUUUUGAUCAGACAUUGUUUCAUCGGUUUGGGUUAGUACGGAUGAUUGCGCUCCUGUCAUCCGAUGAUGCGGAGGUACUGCUGCCCAGGGUAGUCUCUAGACGCAGAAGAUCUGCUGCUAUUGCAGAGGCUUCCUGUGCAGAUGUAACGGAGGUCGCUGGCGAUUCUGCGCGCGAACUGUGGCAUUCACAAAAGGGACUCUCAACGUUGGAUAUAAGUGGAAAGCUGGUUGAAAAGCGAUCCAAGGAGAAUUGCACCAUUACUCCUUCCGGGCGCGAUAUUAGUCCUCCGGAGCUCGCCCCAGAUGCUGGCAAGUAUGAAAAGCGUGAAUCUUAUGUACCUCGACCAAAACGGCCAUGGCAUGACACGUAUAUUGAACUGAUGCGAGACCCCAAUCUUCCGGACCUUCGCACACGUGCGCGAAGGGGAAGGCCACCAUUGAAAAACGCUAAUGGUACUGAUAUGGGUGAUAAAUCAGGUUAUGGUAAAGUUGUCGCCCUGCAUAGGCGUCUCGUGCACGAGAAUCGAGAUGAGGGAUUGUUUAGGAAAGUGGAAUCGAAAGUAAUACAGAUCGAGAAGCUAGAAGCUGAACUAGCCUUGAUGCUAAAGACCAAAUCGCCGACCCUCGCCGAUGUAUUGAAAUAUGCAAAGCAAAUUCAUGAGGAAAAGUUGCAAGUUGAGGAGCAGCUAAGCUCGCGCAACAGUGUUGCACUGUCGCGUUUCGAUGCGCUUAUGGAAGAACGAAUGUGUUUCGAUGGUAUUCGGUCCGGCACUAAAACACCUCUUCUUCUCUGGGAUAAACGUCCGUAUGAACCGCUUGAUGUCGGUUCCGACGAAUUUAUGCCCAACGGCAUGUGCUCGGUCAUCGAUUUUCAGCCGAAUCCCCAAAUUCAACCCCCCAUCCAAACCCAACAGCAACACAUCAAAAAUAAAACACUCCACAAAUACUAUUUGAUGAUUCGAGCCUACCGCCACCUCAUGGGCACUAUCACAACCCACAAUCAAAGAUCUAUUGGCGAUAUUCUGCGGCCAAUGUUUCCCGAUCGCGCAAUGUCCAGUUUGAUCCAAUCAAUCCCCAGCCUCGCCCCAUUCGCGAGGCCAAAAAUCUUUGAAAUGAUCUAUUCAAAAGUAAAAUUGAAGCACUUGCUAUCCUUUUCCGAAACAACUGAUGUCCACAAGUCCGUCCAAGAGGUCGCACCAGAACUUGCACAAUGCGACGAAAAUUGCUUCGAUUCAGUCAAGGUCCGACAUUUACCGUCCUAUGUCUUGUGGGACAUAAUUGUCCAAUGGCAAGAAUCGUCCGGAGGCUUUGAGGCUGAAUCAGAUAUAUAUAGAGUUCUCGGCGGUGCCCGACUUAAACGGAUGGAAGGAGAGGUUUUCGCGACUGGUUUCGCGUAA